AUGGUUGGCUCUUCGCCGUUGCCCUGGACAAAGAAAUCCUCUGGCGCUGCACAGCAUCAUGACCGUUGGAGCUUGGCCGCAGACUUGCUGAAUAUAGGGCAGCAAGUGGCUGCAAUAUGUCCGAUCGAGGAGACGGCCUACACCUGCGGCCGAAGGACGCUGACAGUCGCCAGCCGUCGGCUACCAACGUCGUUCAGUGCGCUCUGCCCUCGACCUCAGUCCGCCUCUCUGCAGUGCACGAGGAACCAAGCUCGCAGCACAGCCAGAGAUGCAUUCUGCAAGGGAAGUCCCCUUCGCGACCUGCUGAUCACAAGGAAGCCGGUUGCAGCCACGAAACUUCGCCUCAGAGAACGCGCGUCCACCGCUUCGGCCCUCGAGCCGAAAAUGAGCCGCUGCGACCAGCGUCGACGAGGCAGCCUGUGCCUGUGGGACCAGUUUUAA